AUGAGCAGAACAAUGUUUUCUGAGGUCGAAAUACUGGACUCAAAAACCAAAGAACAGCUCUGUUUUCUUGACAAGGUUGAACCUCAUUCAAGCGUAGGUGACAUUAAGAGUUUGUUUCAUAAGUCAUAUCCCAAAUGGUAUCCAGCUAGACAAGCCCUGAGGCUGGACCCCAAAGAAAAAGCACUGAGAGAUGAUGACGUGCUACAGAAUCUCCCUGUCGGGACCUCAGCGACCUUGUAUUUCAGAGACCUUGGCCCACAACUGGGAUGGACGAUGGGAAGAGUUUUUCUGGCGGAGUACAUGGGUCCCCUUCUGAUAAAUCUCCUCUUCUAUGUCCGCGUCCCGUACAUCUAUAACCACAAAUACACCAUCUCCAGCUCUCAUCAUGUGGUCAAUUUGGCUUGUGCUUGUCACUCUUUCCACUAUAUCAAGAGGCUAUGUGAAACAAUCUUUGUGCAUCAAUUUUCUACUGGCACGAUGCCUCUCAGAGCCAUUAUAAGGAAUUGUGCUUAUUACUGGGGUUUUGCAGCUUGGCUAGCAUACUGCAUUAACCAUCUUCUCUACACUCCACCAUCAGAGACACAGGUUAACUAUGCACUAAUUAUUUUUGUGUUAUGUGAGGCAGGAAAUUUUUCCAUCCACUGGUCACUGAACAGUUUAAAAUGUGAAGGUGCAAAAUGUCAGCGAUUCCCACAUCCAUCUAAAAACCCUUUUACGUGGCUCUUUUACUUUGUAUCAUGUCCCAACUAUACAUAUGAGGUGGGUGCUUGGGUGGGCCUGUCCAUCAUGACCCAGUGCGUGCCAACUUCCAUCAAACUUUUGGCUCUCUUCACACUUGUAGGUUUUAUUCAAAUGACCAUCUGGGCCAAAGGAAAACACAAAAAUUACACCCGGGAGUUUAAGGACUACCCAAACCUCCGCAUUUCAAUCCUCCUUUUCAUCCUCUGACAUUCAUAUGAACCAAUUUCAGGUCAAAAUCCAGAGAUAUUAUGAUUUCAGCUGAGAGAACUAGGACACAUCUGCACAGCUGCAUGUAAAUGAGGCUGAUUUAUGACACCCUCUGGGAAGGAUUAUGAAGUUAAAUCCGCUUUUCAACAAUAUCUGAUAGUUAUCAUGCAAGAUGAUGUCUAACAUUGUUGUAUUUACAAUGGUAUGCCACUUGGGAAUUUAAAUAAGCAGAUUUGUAGGAAUUUGUGUUGACAACAUAUUUCUGUUGGUUAAAUCAUUUCCACAACUAUCCAUGUGCAAAAUACAGUACUCUACGUCUGUAAUCCAACUACUUCAGCAUGAAAGAAAAUAGUUUUUCUUAAACAGAGGAAGACACUGAGUUACA